AUGGGUAGUAGUGGUACGUUUCUAGUCUUAAUUUGCAUCACUCAUCUUUUUGUUAUCAAUGGCGAAUUUACUCCUACAAAACCAGUCAAGAUCAUCAUAGAUGGUGGUGAGGCUGAGGCCCCUCCAUCGCCACAGCUGGAAUAUUACGAUUGGGCCCCUCCUCCUUCAUGCUCUCCCCUUCCACCUCCACCUCCACCCCCACCCCCACCCCCACCUCCACCUCCUUCAUGUGAACUCCCUCCCCCUCCCCCUCCUAUAUGCCAACCAUCACCGCCACCACCAUCACCACCUCCGCCCUCACCACCACCACCAUCACCACCUCCGCCCUCACCACCACCGCCCUCACCAAGCCCACCACCUCCGCCAUCACCAUGCCCACCACCACCACCAUCACCAAAACUACCACCUCCACCACCUCCAAGCCCACCACCACCACCACCACCAUCACCGAAACCACCAAGUGGUUUCGAGAGCAAGCUACUAGAAAGAGACUAUAAAGUAAUCCAAGCCUUCAAAAGCAAAGUGACAAGCGAUCCCACAGGCAUUACAAAAACAUGGAAAGGCAAGGAUAUUUGCCGCAAUUACAAAGGAUUCAUUUGCGACACUGUACCCUAUGUUAAACUAAAGGGCAUCGCCGGCGUCAACUUCAACAACAAGAAUUUGUAUGGCCCAAAUCUAACCCUCACCGAAUUCCUAACCGGUUUGAAAGAUCUCACAUUUUUCCAUGCAAAUUCCAAUAACUUCACCGGCUCCAUCCCCGCCGAUGUCGGCACACUCCGCUACUUAUACGAGCUCGACCUCAGUAACAACAAAUUCUCCGGCAACUUCCCCUACCAAGUCCUCCGUGCCAACAAGCUACUAUUCCUCGACCUCAGGUUCAACACCUUUUCCGGCGUAGUUCCUCCACAGGUCUUCCUUCUCGACCUCGACUUGCUCUUCAUCAACAACAACAAUUUCAAGCAAAAACUCCCUGAAAACCUUGGCUCCACGCCGGCGCUUUAUCUAACCCUGGCUAACAACAAAUUCGUUGGUGGAAUCCCUCGGAGCAUUGGUCGAGCUGCCGACACCCUACUGGAGGUUCUUUUCUUGAACAACCAGUUAACCGGAUGUUUGCCAUACGAGAUCGGAUUUCUGAAGAAAUCGACGGUGUUCGACGUCGGAUUCAACAGUCUAACAGGCCCAAUCCCACACUCGUUUCAGUGCUUAAAGAAAAUGGAGCUUCUGAACUUGGCUCACAAUAAGUUCUACCGGGAUGUGCCGGAAUCGGUGUGCAGCCUGCCGAAUCUAUCGAACUUCACUCUGUCGUAUAAUUAUUUCACUCAGGUAGGGCCACAGUGUCGGAAACUGAUAAGAAAUGGGGUUCUUGAUGUGAAGAUGAACUGCAUUUCGGAUCUCCCAAAUCAAAGAUCGAAGGCCGAGUGUGCUCAUUUCUUCUUGAAUCUUCCUUCUUGCCCUGAUGAAAAAUCUUUGACUUAUGUACCUUGCUCCAAAGGGUAUUCUGUUAAUCAAUCAGAGUCAUCAGCUGUUCAGUGGGCUACUCCGUCGCCGACACCGGCUCCUCUAGUGCGAAGUUAUGGUGCACUUUCGCCACAUUAA